AAUUAGUUUAGGAAACAGUUAACAUGGGCAACCGUUUCCCUUUUAGUGUUAUCUCCCGGAUUGAUAGAGGCGACAUCAUAUUUCCACAUUUAUGAAGUUUGCUAGCUAGGCAUGUCAAAUUGUUUUCUGUUAAGAGGCACAAUAAAAGAAUACAUAAAUAAACAUCUUCAUGUUUGCACGCCUGUCAUUUUAUUUUCUACCUACCUGGAUGGUUACCUGGAUCACAGAAAUUUUUUAACAUUUUUCUCCCCCUUUAGACUUGUUUGAAUGUUUGCAUUUUUUGACAGGCAAAAAGAUGUGGGCACUGGUGAAGUGAGGUACUUUUCAGUUUGUAUCUUCGCACAAAGAUAAUUUUUGUCUUCAUUCGAUGGCUGCAUUUAAUGUCAAGAUAGAGCAGUUAUUGAUAGUUCUAGGACCGAGAGGCUGCCCAGAUAAUGUAUUAACAAAGGCAUUAACCAUAAUCCACAAUGAUGUUAUUGGUUGUAAACAAGCAGCAAGAGAAUAUUUUGGAAAGGGCUUAAUGACAGGACUCGUCAAUCUAUGUCGAUCAUCAUGUAACAUUUUGGUUAUUAUCCUUUCAACAAGUUUAAUGUAUGCACUCUGCUGUUAUGGAGAUGUAUAUAAAGAAAAAUUCAUUGAGCUGAAUGGAGCAGUUCAUCUAUUGGCUAUGAUCUCUUCUCGUGAUAAUUCUGGAAAAAGCAAAGAACACUUAAAUCAAACAUUGUUACUUCACGAGCAAGCAGCUAAACUUCUUGUAUUGCUAACUAGUUCUGGAUCUAAGUUUCAGCAGCAACUAGUAACACUUGGAAUCAUAAACAAGGUUGUUGAAUUAUGUGAUGUGUUUUUCAAUGGCAGUCAUACCAACUGCUGUUUUGGAACAACGGAAUUUUCAGACGAUGCUUUACAUCUUACAAAACAACUCACAGAGGGAAGAAAAUUAGUUGGCAAAAUUGAUCCCCAACAGAGUGCUGAAACUAAACGAGGUGUUCUCAGUAUACUUGCUGUAGAUUUAUAUGAUACGAGCACUGAUGAAGACGUAAACAUUAAUAAACAACUUCUCAAGUUGGGUUUCGCUUGGCCAGAUCCGCUGCUAAAAGAGGAAAAUAAUGUGGAAAGUACUUCUUUGAAUCUGAGUAAUGAGAAGAUUUGGUCAGAUUUCCAUAUUACCAAAGUGGUUGAUGCACACUGUUUUUGGGCUUUUAUUGACUCAGAGGCUCAUUCUAAAAUAAACAGACUGUCAAAAUUAUUAGAAGAAUAUGUAUACACUUCAGAUGUCUGCACACUUUGUGAUUUAAAGUGUGGUACUAGAGUAUGUUUUGCUGUGACAAAAGAGACUGGCACUAGCUGGGUUCGUGGGUGUGUACUGGAAGUUGACACAAGCAGUAAUAGUUGCCAGGUCAUGCUUGUUGAUUACGGAAUUGUUGUAAAAAUUGGGAAUAACCUACUGUUUCCAAUUCCCAAUGCUAUCAACGAUAUUCCACAUCAGGCUAAUUUAUGUGUAUUGGAAGGUAUAACAGCUGCUCCAAAAAACACUGUAAUCCUCGAAUAUGCUGCAGAAAUAUUAAGUAACUUAGCAACAAGUCAUGCACUGCGCAUGCAAAUACACAUGGGUGGUGGAACGAAAGCUUUAUUUAAGUUAUGUCACGUACCAAACAAAAAAAUUGUUAAAAAGGUUCUUGCUGCACUUUCCAAUUUGUCACUCAACUUUAACAUCAGACCGCAAAUUGGUCAUAUGGGUGGCUGUAAAAGGAUCUUAGAUCUACUCAGAGAACAUAUUGAAGAUAACGAGUGCAUCGAAGUUCUUUUGAGUUGCCUAAUCAACCUGUUAAUGGAGUGUAUACAAAAUCGUAAGCAUAUUGCCACAUCAAAUGGUUUGCUGAUUUUAAUCAAGAUCUACCGCAUGCCGUCAACUAACUUGGAAAACAAGGAGUUGAUUGUGAAAGCUGUGAAAAACUUAGUAGGAAAUGGCUGGCGAUUACUUGAUCCAAUAAAUGCUCCAGAUGUGCGGGGAAUUGUUGAAGAUCAGAUAGACUCACUUAAGGGUUGUUUCAAUCUAUCCAAUUUAUGUGGUGAAGAAAUCUUAGAAGAAGUAAGAAAGCGACGUAGAAAGAAAAAUUUGCGACCUGGUGAAGUGGCACCACAACCGACCUAUGCUUCACUUUCUGUGGACGAUCUUGUUAAAAAGUUAAGAGGAGUUGUGUCGAGUGGUGACGAAUGUGACUCGAAGAGUGAGGGAUAUAAGACAGGUCCCGAUACUGAUGUAGAUGAAAGCUGUUUGUGUAUUGAAAAGAGACUUUCUUUGAACCACGUAGAAGGUUAUUUCUACAGAAGUUUGAUAAACGUGGAAGAAGACGAGAGAAAUGCGUUCAUGUAUGGGCACAGCAUUCGUAGCAUCAAAGCUGUUGAUAUUGGAAUAACGAUAUGCGCCAUGUUGAAUAGUGGUCGAGGUGGAGUUAUAUACAUUGGCGUAGCAAAUAAUAGACAAGUGUUAGGUAUCAACAUUAAUCGGAAAGAGAGAGAUAAUGUCCGACUUGGCGUGGACGAGUUAUUGGAUGCGUUCAAACCACGUGUGAAGCAUGAUAAAUAUGAAAUUAAAUUUGUUCAAGUGAUGUCGGGUACUAGCGCUGACGAUUUGAAACAACACGAAGAGCGAUAUGUUAUUGAAAUUUACGUAUCGAAAAAUAUCGACCAGGUUUAUCAAACUGGUAGUAAAAAAAUGUAUUUUCGAGAUGGAAGCGAAAAUAGUUUGCUUUCUAUGCAACAAAUUCGUGAGAAAACAAUCCGUGAACAGGAAGAAAAAUACCAAGCGGAAAUAAAAGCUUUACAACGAACGUUGGAAGUUACACAACAAAAACUAAAAGACGAGCGCGUUUUGGUUCCGUAGUUUUUUAAAUAGCGGAUCGUGAAAGAUUUACACGAAGCCAUUAUGACGACGCGUAGAAUAUAAAUGACAAGAAAUACCGCUUGCCCUGUCUUGGUUCCGAAACGCACACUGAUACUCCGGGCCAUUUGAAACAAAAAAAACAACACGCGUUUUUCCCCAUCAAGAUAUUAUUGUAAAGACUACAGAAAGUUAUUGUAUAUUAUUUAUUUUAUAUAAAAAAAGGUACAAUAUGUUCUCAUGUGA